GCGGUCUGCGACAAAGCGGGCAGGACGCUGCCCAACCCUUGCACAUGGCCAUGCGGGGUGGGGGAGGAAGGGGCUGCGCCCCCUUCUUCCCCUCCUGCUUGUUGGGCCAACCAAACGCCAGUGAGGGGUUGAACUCCGCGGGCGUAUUUGCCGUCCCGUCCCCCCCGCCGCGUCCCAGGCCGGACCCCCUUCAUGUGCAAGUCCUGCCCAGAUGCCGCUGCAGCUGCUCGGCCUGGGAGCUCUGGGAUGUGGGAGGUGCUUGUGGUUACUCAGCGUAGAAGGGAAAGAACUCUAGACGCGCUCAGAGGCGCCCUUCCUUAUUAUGACUUCACGCUCUUGAACCGGAUUUGUGAUGCUGAAAAGGAUUCAGAGGGCAGAUCUCCCGCUCUCGCCCUGCGUCUGGGGGGGCCGCCCCUGCCGCUGGUUCCGGGAGAAGCCUCCUGACAAAGAGGAUCAAGAGAAGCUCACUCCGGUGCCGGUGCCCAUGGAGACCCCUGCGCCAUGCCUCCUGAAGGCCCCCGGACACCAGCCCCAGGGCAACGGGUUCCACAUCGAGCACCUGCUGAGCGCUUUCACCACCAGCGUCACCCCUGACGGGCAGAUCCUCAUCCAGGAAUACCUCUGCGGCUGGGCACAGCUGAUCAAGUUCAUGGACACCUUGGGCACGGUUUUCAGCUUGAUCAACCAGGAGACUUACGCCAAGAUCACCAUCAUGCAACUCCACCAGGGCGGUCAGCACAGCCCCCACUACCGCACCGUGCAGUCCAUGGUGGCCUUUGAACUGGCUGAGGGGCUGGUGGGCUUCCAGGCUUUUCCGCCCACCAAACCCCCCUCCGGCUGCCGGACGCUGCUGCGGCUCCACCGGGCCCUGAAGUGGCUGGAGCUGUUCCUGCACAAUCUGGGCACCAGCAAGAGGGACGGGAACCCCUCCCGGAUGUGCUCGGAUGCCUACCAGGUGGCCCUGGCCCCCUACCACAGCUGGUGGGUGCAGAAGGCAGUGGCCAUUGCCUUCCUGGCGAUGCCCUCCCGCCAGGAGCUAUACCGCAUCAUCUGCCCGGAGGACGAUGAGCAGAAGACGCGGACCGUCCUGCAGGCCACUGUGCGCAGCCUCGCCCGGGUGCACAACAUCACGCAGGACGUCUACGCCGCCCACGGGAUGCUGGAGCUGCCCUGAAGCCCCCUUGCCCAGGGCUGCCAAAGGAACCGGGUGUUAGGCCCUCUGAAGAGUUGCUGGGGAUGGACUCAGAGGAGGAGGAAACAGAACCUUUACAGGCAGAGGCUAGUGUCACGGCUGCUGAGCUGGUGCCAGCUGGGAGUGGGGCCAACUCAGAGAAUGAAGGGGAAGCAGAGCCACGUACCAGCGUGCCGGUGAUUAAACCAGCAGGGAGCUUGGCCAAUUCAGAAGACACAGAGGGAGAAGCAACAAACUUACCUGCACAGUUGUUUAGACAGCAUAGGGCGGAAAAGGAGGCCCGGCGCAGAUCUCUGCGUAUUUAUACUAGACGCCAACUCAAUAGGGAACACCUGUAGCUGCCAGGGAGGGGUAUUUAGAGAGCUGGGAAGCAACAGGAACUUGCCAGAGAUUAACUGAGCAUCCUGGCGAAAGCUCUUGAUUCCUGCUUCGGAUCGUGGUGACCUUGUAUCCUGAUUGAACUUUGGACCGGCUUGGAAUUUGUGACCUGCUCCUAUCCCUGGACCUCUGGACUGCUUUUUGGACUCUCUCUACCUCUCGUAAGCCCUUGACUUUUGGAACUGAACUGGACUUUGCUUAUGUUUAAAACGUCUUGUAC